CACAUUAACAUCAGUACUUUUUUGGUUAAGAAGCUAUUGAGUCACUGUGAGUCUCAGUCACUGUCAUUGUUGUAUUUUAGAAAGUUGUAGUCUCUACAGCAUGAACCAGAUUUAUAUCCUUUUAUUGGCCCUUUGGUCAGCCUUCAAUUCCUCUGAUGCAUUGUACUGGAAUUACCCUACAACACCAGCUCAAACCCCCUACUGGAGGAAUGUGUAUUACCAAACGCAGACUCAAGCCCCUUCUUGGAGGAACCCGUAUUACUAUGCAACAACUCAAACCCCCUACUGGAGGAAUGUGUAUUACCAGACACAGACUCAAGCCCCUUCUUGGAGGAACCCUUAUUACUAUGGGAUAACUCAAGCCCCCUCUUGGAGGAAACCGUAUUACUUUGCAAAAACUCAACCCCCCUACAGGAGGAAUGUGUAUUACCAGACACAGACUCAAGCCCCUUCUUGGAGGAACCCGUAUUACUAUGCAACAACUCAAACCCCCUACUGGAGGAAUGUGUAUUACCAGACACAGACUCAAGCCCCUUCUUGGAGGAACCCGUAUUACUAUGCAACAACUCAAACCCCCUACUGGAGGAAUGUGUUUUACCAGACGCGAACUCAAGCCCCUUCUUGGAGGAACCCUUAUUACUAUGGGAUAACUCAAACCCCCUACAGGAGAAAUGUGUAUUACCAGACACAGACACCAUUUUGGCGCAUUCAGAAUGGACAUCAUUCAGAAGUACCAGUACCAAGUAUUACAGUGUUCAGGCAGAUGGAGGAUAAAGAGCGUGUGAUCGUCAUGUGUUCAUUUGGAAGGAGGCUCGCUGAGAGCUCUUUCCAGCUGUCACUGAAGAGUGAAUACAACUAUGACUUAAAGAACCCACGGUGCUUUUCAAAUGAAGAGUGUGUGUUUGAUGUGAAAGUGAGUCCACCGGUUUCCUUCACCUGUGUACACCAGAUUAAUUCGGUUGUGAACCGUCAGAGUGAGACCUACACAUACAGCCUGUCAGAUUUUGCUGCAGAACCUCAUUAUGAAGGAGUAUCUUCAUUCUACAUUGGCUUUUUCUCCUUCAUUGCUGUUGGUCUCUUCAUCAUGACUGCAGCAGUGAUCGUGAACACCGUUAAGAGCAAAGCUAAAGGUUCAAUUACUACUGGGAAAGAUAAUGUCUAUACUGAUGUAUAAGAGGACAUCCGAGUUUCUGAAGAGAAAAAAUGGAAAACCAAUCAAUUAAUCAUUUCCGAUUGAUCAAAUUAUUUUUGGCAUGCUAAACUGUAAUACUCUCAACAAUGUAAAAUAAUGAUUUGAUAUAUACACAUUUAAUCUAAAUCAUAUUUUAAUCACAAUGUAAAAAAAAAAAUUACUAUGCUGGUUUAUUCUUGAAAUCAGAUAUUGCAUAUUUGUAAUUUUGAUGAAAUUAUGUGCAAAAUAAAUCAAUACAUUUUAUAUGAAUCAUAUGCAUUUUACAUUAAUAAAUAUUUUGUUCUUCUA